AUGGCUUUCUCCUGGCAGGCAGUGCUGGCCUGCAGGAAAUACCUCAUCGUCGUCCUGGUACCCCUCGUGUUUCUCCCUCUGCCUCUGGUUCUGCCCACCAAGGAGGCACUGUGUGGCUAUGUGAUCAUAGUGAUGGCACUUUUCUGGUGCACAGAAGCCCUGCCUCUGGCUGUCACAGCUCUCCUGCCCGUCCUGCUCUUCCCACUAAUGAAUAUCAUGGAUUCAACGACAGUCUGUCAGGAGUACUUGAAGGACACCAACAUGCUCUUUUUGGGGGGCCUGGUGAUGGCCAUUGCCAUCGAGACCUGGAACCUGCACAAGCGAGUGGCUCUGAGGGUCCUGCUGAUCACUGGUGUCAGGCCAGCCCUACUCCUGAUGGGUUUCAUGGUGGUGACAGCUUUCCUGUCCAUGUGGAUCAGCAACACAGCCACCACUGCCAUGAUGGUCCCCAUAGCACAGGCGGUGAUGGAGCAGCUGCACAAGUCAGAAACUGAGUCUGGCACCCCUGGCCAAGUGUCUGAACACACCAACAAAGCCUUUGAGCUGCAGGAAAAGUCACCUGACAGCUCCAAAGAACCAGAGGAAAAAGGUGAAUGGGUUGGAGGUGUUGAGGAAGACAGGAAGAGAAAUGAAGAGGUUGAGCAGAAACACUUGAAGCUGUCCAAGGGAAUGUCCCUCUGCAUUUGUUACUCAUCCAGCAUUGGAGGGAUCGCCACUCUGACUGGGACAACUCCAAAUCUGGUGCUGCAAGGACAAAUUAAUGACAUCUAUAAAGACAAUGGUGGCAUCAUCAACUUUGCCUCCUGGUUCUCCUUCGCCUUCCCCACCAUGGUGUUGCUGCUGCUUUUGGCGUGGACGUGGCUGCAGAUCCUCUACUUGGGCUUCAAUUUUAAGAAGAAUUUUGGUUGUGGUGCCAGUCCUGCUGCCAAGGCUAAGGAGCAACAGGCCUAUGAAAUCAUCAAGGAAGAGAGCAAGAAACUGGGCAAAAUGAACUUUGCAGAAAUAGAAGUUUCAAUCCUCUUCAUUCUCCUGGUGGUGUUGUGGUUUACAAGAGAACCUGGGUUCAUCCCAGGCUGGGCAACAGUUCUCUUCAACAAAGACAAUAAAAGCUAUGUCACCGAUGCUACCGUCGCCCUCUUCAUUGCAAUGUUGCUCUUCAUCCUCCCUUCUGGCUUUUCCAACCAGGACAGAGACCAAGAGCAAACAGGUGAGGCAAAGUUCCGGGCACCUCCACCCCUCCUGGACUGGAAAGUCGUCCAGGAGAAGAUGCCGUGGAACAUCGUGUUCCUGCUGGGAGGUGGCUUUGCCUUGGCCAAAGGCAGUGAGGAAUCUGGUCUGUCUGCGUGGCUGGGCACCAAACUGACCCCUCUGCAGAGCAUCCCUCACCCAGCCAUUGCCUUCCUGCUGUGCCUCCUCAUCGCCACCUUCACCGAGUGCACCAGCAACGUGGCCACCACCACCCUCUUCCUCCCCAUUCUGGCUUCAAUGGCUGAAGCAAUUUGCCUCAACCCUCUCUAUGUCAUGCUGCCCUGCACACUCUCUGCAUCGCUGGCCUUCAUGCUCCCCGUGGCAACUCCUCCCAAUGCCAUUGUCUUCUCCUAUGGACAGCUCAGGGUUAUUGAUAUGGCCAAAGCUGGGUUUGUACUCAACAUUCUGGGAGUGCUGACCAUAACUCUGGCCAUCAACACCUGGACUUCAUCCUUGUUCCAGCUGCAGACGUUCCCAUCGUGGGCGAACAGGACAGGGACCUGCCUGUAACGUGGGGAGGAGGCAGACCCAGGAGUGCUCCUGCCAGAGCUGCAGGGAGAGCAGGGCUAUCACCCACAGAGGCAGUGGCUUAGAGAAAAGCCUGUCCCGUGGAAAAGGACA